UGUCGCGACUGGUGACAAAGAUGCACCCGCAUGUCGCAGCUUCCAAUACCACAGUGGAAGCUUGCUAGCGCCUGUCGUAUAGCAUAUAAUCUGCCAAAGCAUGCUAUAUGACCCUGACAAACGCUAAUUCCCACAACUGAUAGUGCCCGGCAUGGACUCAAUCCAAGAGCAACAGCUCGCUCUUAUCCUCCAGUCGAGCUUCAGGGCGCGAUACUGCAAUGUCGCCGUCUCCCUGAUUCUAUACGACUUCGCCCUUACUCUACCCAAAGAGGUUUCUCUUUUCUGGCGCGCCCCCUCUAAGGCCCUAAGUGGUACUAUCAUCUUUGCUAUCAACCGCCUCAUUGCCGUAGGCCUGCUCGUGACAGGAAAUGCUAGCAUGGAUCGCACAAGCACUUAUGCGAGUUUCAGAACCUCGACACUUGUACAGAUCCCGUUUAUUUUAGGGUCUAUUCUCGUCUGGGCGGUGAUCUCUGGCAUUCGCGUCCAUGCGCUCGCCGGGCGAAGUUGGAUCCUGACCCUGCUCACCGUCCUGCUUGCAUUUGUCCCUCUAGCUACAAACACUUACCUCGUCACUACAAACACCUUCACCGUGUAUAAAGUCGGAUGGUUAGUGGUCUGCCACGAGAGCUCGCCGAUUCCCCGGGAACGCGAUGAAAUAUGUGCGCGAAUUGAGUCGUCAAUGCUUAGUCGAUCAUGGAUGAGCUGAAGCCUUCCGCUAACACAGUGCUGUUGGCCACUCGCACGUG